AAUGACAUGCAUGAAUAGAAUGAUCCUACAUGCAGACUGUUUUUUGCGUCAUUUCCAUCCAGUUGAAAUUUUAAAAUGCUGCUUAAACUUCUAACAAGGAAUCGUUGGUUUAUGGGCAAAUUGUCGCUUAAGCCUGGUGAUUCCAUGAUAGAAGAGAUGAUUCUAUGUCGAAAUUUAUUGCAAGCUGUCGUUUCCAAUCGCAAUGGCCAGUUACAUAAGUACAGUACAUCGACAAAUAUGGAUGAAAAAAUUGCUGUUAGAAAAUUCGAGGAGGAAGGAAGGCCAUUGUAUUUAGAUGCUCAAGCCACAACACCAGUUGAUCCAAGGGUACUAGAUGCAAUGUUACCAUAUAUGACAAAUUAUUAUGGAAAUCCACAUUCAAGGACACAUUCUUAUGGAUGGGAAAGUGAAAAAGCUGUUGAACAAGCUCGUGAGCAAGUUGCAAGACUAAUAAAUGCUGAUCCUAAAGAGAUCAUUUUCACAUCUGGAGCAACUGAAAGUAAUAACAUAGCAAUCAAAGGUGUUGCAAGAUUUUACAAAAUAAAAAAAAAUCAUAUAAUCACUACACAGACGGAACAUAAGUGUGUCCUGGAUUCCUGUCGUGUUCUUGAAGGAGAAGGAUUUGAAGUAACUUACCUACCUGUCCUUCCCAGUGGCUUAAUUGACAUAAACAGUCUCCAGGAGGCCAUCAGGCCCACGACUGUGUUGGUCUCCGUAAUGGGCGUAAAUAAUGAAAUUGGAGUUCAACAGCCAUUGGCAGAAAUUGGUGCCAUCUGUCGAAAAGCGAAAGUCUUUUUCCACUGUGACGCAGCUCAGGCUGUAGGUAAAAUUCCCAUUGAUGUUGAGGCGAUGUCGAUUGAUCUUAUGUCUAUCAGUGGACAUAAGCUUUAUGGCCCGAAAGGUGUUGGUGUCCUCUACGUGAGACGUAGGCCGCGGGUCAGGAUUGAAGCUUUACAGAGCGGAGGUGGUCAAGAACGAGGUUUGCGUAGUGGAACGGUUCCGACUCCUCUGGCAGUUGGUAUUGGCGCUGCCUGUGAGAUUGCUAAGCAAGAAAUUCAGUAUGAUCAUAACAGAAUUAAAAAACUGUCGCAACGCUUAGUCGAUCAGAUAAGUAGGAGUUUAACUCAUGUCAUAAGAAACGGGGAUCCUGAACACUCCUAUCCAGGUUGUGUUAACCUGUCGUUUGCCUAUGUUGAGGGUGAAAGUCUAUUGAUGGCCUUAAAAGAUGUGGCACUAUCGAGUGGAAGUGCUUGCACUUCAGCGUCGUUGGAGCCGUCGUAUGUUUUGCGAGCAAUUGGCGCCGAAGAAGACUUAGCGCAUUCUUCCAUUCGCUUUGGAAUUGGAAGAUUCACUACCGAAGCUGAGGUUGAUUACACUGCGCAAAAGUGUAUACAUCAAGUAUCGAAACUUCGUGAAAUGAGUCCUCUGUGGGAAAUGGUCCAAGAAGGAAUUGAUUUGAAGAGUAUCAAAUGGACGCAGCAUUAAUGUUUUUGUUCACGUACGAACAUUAAAGAGAUUCAUGUUUAACUUCAUCCUUGUAAAAUAAAGACUCGGAAAUAUAUGCUGAAGACAGUA